CUCCGUAAAGAGAAGCCAGAAAUUUGUAGACAAAAUUUCAAAAAAUUGAAACUAUGAAACAGCAACGGUCACUUCAAACGAAGAAAUCAUAUUCCCUCCUUGCGGAAAAAAAUUAAAAUAAAAAAGAAAAAAAGCACCAAUCUUUCUUCAGUAAUGAAUUUCACAGACAACACUUGAUGUAACCCAUAAGCGAAGAAAGUGAAAGAAGAAUCGGCGAAGAUGGGAGUGAAGAAUCUUUGGGAUAUUCUAGAAUCUUGCAAGAAAACAAUUCCUCUCCACCAUCUCCAGAACAAGAGGGUUUGUGUGGAUCUAUCGUGCUGGAUGGUUCAACUUCAAAAAGUGAAUAAAACCCAUUGCCCCAUCAAAGACAAGCUUUACUUGCAGACCCUCUUCCACCGCCUCCGAUCCCUCAUCGCUUUGAAUUGCAGCCUUAUCUUUGUCACCGAUGGUUCAAUUCCCGCUAUCAAGUUAUCUACUUAUCGGCGCCGGUUGAACGCCGGAAACGAGGUGGUUCUGGAUGCUGGGGAUACACAUAAUGUGUCGUCUGUUAAAAGAAAUAUGGGGUCCGCAUUUUCAUGCAUGAUUAAAGAAGCUAAAUUUCUUGGUAUGGCACUUGGGAUACCCUGCUUAGAUGGGAUUGAGGAGGCUGAAGCUCAAUGUGCGUUGCUAAACUCAGAAUCACUAUGUGAUGCAUGCUUCACAUCCGAUUCUGAUGCCUUCUUGUUCGGUGCAAGAACAGUUUAUAGAGAUAUUUGUCUCGGAGAAGGAGGUUAUGUUGUUUGCUAUGAAAUGGAUGAUAUCGAGAGAGAGCUUGGAUUCGGAAGAAACUCCUUAAUUACGCUUGCUGUUCUUCUUGGCAGUGAUUAUUCACAACGCAUUCGUGGUUUUGGACCUGAGUCAGCUUCUCAGAUUGUGAAAUCGAUCGGUGACUCGUCUGUUCUUCAACGGUUUGCAUCGGAGGGCUUGUCUAUUGUAAAGAAGAUAAAAUGCUCAAAAAAGAAGGGCCUUCAAGAAAAUAAUACUGAUCAUGGAAUUAAAUGCGAUUUACCAAUCGACAAUCAGUUCUUGAAAGUGAUCAAUGCAUACUUGAAGCCGAAGUGCCAUUCAGCAGAUUCAGAUGUUGUGCACAGGGUUCUUGCUCUCUAUCCGUUUAACCGUAGCCAACUGCAUCAAAUUUGUGCUCAAUUUUUCGAAUGGCCUCCCGAAAAAACAGAUGAAUACAUCCUUCCGAAGAUUGCUGAAAGAAAUUUGAGGCGAUAUUCUAAUCUCCGUGCCACAUCAUCAGAAUUUGGAGUCCAUUUACCAAUCGAUGAGAUGCCAGUGGAGUGCCCUGUAUCGAGCAUUGUGAAGCAAAGAAAAAGUCUAGGAAGAGACUAUUUCGAGGUUUCUUGGCAAGGCAUGGAUGGGCUCCAAUCUUCCGCUAUACCAGCUGAUCUUGUCGAAAGUGCUUGCCCUGAGAAGAUUCUGGAAUUCCAGCAAAGAAAAGCACAAAAACAGAAACCAGCCCGUAAAACAAAAUCGAAGAAGAUAGCAGAAAUGAAGGAAAUUGACGAAAAACUCCAGCAAUUGCUGCUCGAAAUUGAACAAGAGAGCACCGCCACAAGAGGAUCGGUGGUCCCACAGGAGAUCAGAAACGCUGGUACAGAUUACCUAACGACGCAUGUUAAUAAUCUGGAAGAUGAAGAUAGCAGCAACAAUGGAGGAAACUCGAUUUCUGGUUGUUACAGUUUUAGUGCUUCCGGAACAGAAAUAAUAGAUCUUAUUAGUCCUCUGCCACGUAGGCACGUGCACGUGGCUUCAAAAAGCCAAGAAACGAGGUGUAUGGACGUGAUUGAGUUGAGCGAUACAGACAAUGAAGUCUCACCUGAACAUGCAAGAAGAGGCAAGGACCUCAGAUUGUUUUUAGCCAGUAUUAGAGAUGAACUCUCUUAAUUUAUGCGACAAACUAAUAUAUAUAUAUAUAUAU